UUUAAGUGUUUAAGCCAUUCUGAUUCCAACAUAUACGAUUGGGAACCCUGCUAAUUUAUGAUGGCAUAAAUUUAGUCACCGGAAUGGCUCAAGAAUCAUCAGCCUCUGCAACGAAAAAUCUGGUUGUAUUCACUGAAGAUCCAUUGCUGCAACGUCUCCAUCGGAUGUUUUCCGUAUUUAGUGAUAAUCAACACUAUAUAAGUUCACAUCAAGCUCAUUUUAUCAUCGGACAGUUGUUCAGGUGUUCAUUCUUGGACGCAAAUUUUGGGGUCACGCGAUUUUUAGAAUAGCCAUCAGAAGACGAAGAAACUGUAGAAGGAAUGAAUUGAAAAUAAUCUCCAAGAAUAAUCUGGGUGAAUUUUCGAAUUAAAAAUCUUAAGAAGUGUCCAGGACAUUGCACCUCAUUUAUUUAAUUGUCGAUGAAGAUAGUGGAAAGACGUACUCGUUUCUAACUAUUCCAGAUUAAAUCAUGGAACUCAGCAGGCACAGAACGGUUUAUCAGCUUUGGUACAGUCCGACCCCGUAACCUUCCAUGAUUUGUUACGGAUGUGUGAUUUACUAUUCCCAGAUCGAAAACAGUUCGAACCAUUGGUAGAUCGGAUUUUUGAGCGAUAUGUACAGCAUAUUAUUUGUAAGGGCUUUCUACUACACUGCAGCAAAAGUGAUGAAAAGAAGCGUUGCCUGAUAAGAAACAAUAAUUCCAAAUGGCGGGCUUACUGGUGUACCGUAACACCUGGUGCGAUACAUCUGUGGCCUUUGCAUAAAUCGACAACUGUUAGAAACAGGAGAACAAUCGUUACCGGUCAGACAUCAUCUGUUCAAGUAGGCACAUUCGAUGAGGAACGAUUUACGUGGUUACUUGCUACAGAAUCGAAACAGAAAUACAGAUUUGGUCAUUUCGAUGAAUUAAGACGAAAACACUGGAUAUUCGCAAUGAAUAUGGCUAUAGAACGGAGAUCGGUGGAGGAUUUACGGAAAUAUGACCGGGAAUGUUCGUAUAGCACAGAGUGCCGUGUACUACGAGACAAAAAUUUGUCCUGGAGACUGGCACUUGAGUCUGAAAAUGAACGGUUGAUGCAGUUGCUAGACAAUCAAAGAAGGGCUCUUCGCGACGAGGAAAUCGUUAGAACGAUAGCUGCUAGGAUGCUUGACGAAGAACGUGAGAGGCGUGAAAAGCUGGAAGAAAAGUUGCAGGAAUUGGUUAGGAAUGUCGAUGAAAAUUGCAAUAGUGACUCCCGAACGACAAAAAGCUUGCUGGAAGGUUGAAACUUCUAAGCAUUGGAUAAGAACAUAAAAGACGAUUGGCUUAAGUGUGACGUACAGAGAACUUUUUUCCAUCUGAAAAGACUGGUACUUUGAGCUAAAUGAUAAAUUUUUGCUGC